CGAUCGUGAUGAAAUUCUACGCUACAUAACCUAUGUGGUUUCUAUUCAAUCAUAAUGUAUGUAUGUAUCCAUAUUGACUACUGUAAUCAUCAAAUUAUAUAUUCGCUCGUUCCCGCCCUCUAUCGAUGUCUAUGUUGAGCUUAGUGUCUUCAUAAUCUUGCGUUGACAGCAGAAUGCCUUACAAAUCUCUCAGUCAGCUGGUCACAACAGGACGAAUGCGAUAAAUGAUAAUAUUUGGUGCACGGUGACAGUUUAACAAGAACGAAUCAUGAACCAGUUGGUCUUCGUAACUGGUGGAACAGGCUUCAUCGGCUCACAUGUCGUCGCGCAACUUUUGGAUAAAGGUUAUCGUGUCCGUGCCGCCGCUCGGUCUGCUGCCAAACUACAAAGGAUCUUUCCUGAUGCCUCUAACCUCGAAGCUGUCGAAGUACCUACUCUCACUUCCGACUACACCAAGUAUUUGAAGGGUGUUGACGUAGUCAUCCACAUGGCAGCAGAGUUAUUCAGCAAGGGUUCUCCAAGUGAUCAGAUAUUUGAGGCCGCGUAUGAUGGUACCCUUCACAUCGUACGCCAAUCCAUUGACGCAGGAAUCAAGAAGAUCAUUAUCACCGGGACUUUUGCGAGUCUCUUUGAUUCACAAUUACAGACAGCGUUUGGCAAAGAAUUAGUUACAGAGAAAUUCUUCCAUCCUGCAACACUGGAAACUCUUGAUCGUCAUCAGGCACCAAUGACUAUAUACCAACAGUCAAAGACGUUGGCGGAUAAAAAAGUCUGGGAGCUUGCAAAAGAGUAUCCUGACGUUGAUUUUACAAUAUUGCUUCCGCCAGCCGUUUUUGGACCUCUCGUUCCCAAUUUCCCUGUUACAGACUCCCCAACUAGCAUUGGAACCAACUACAACCUCUGCAAGAUCCUCACAACAGGUACCGAAGCCUACCCCAGUUAUCCCCUUGGGCAUUUAGCCGACGUACGCGACGUUGCUUGGGCUCAUGUCGCUGCUCUCUCUGCUCUGCCAGUUCCCGGGCGUGACAAAAGGUUUAUUAUUAUGAAUACGACGUUCAAGUGGAAAGAUGUAGCGGAUUUGAUACGUCGAGAGAGGCCUGAACUUGCAAAUCGACUUCCAACACAAGACAUUGUCCCUCCGAGGCAGACUGAUGCUCCACUCGACACAAGUUUCGCGGCAGAGGUCCUGGGAUUAAAGAAUUAUAUACCUUGGGAGGAGACCGUGCUUGCCGCCGUUGAUGUACACGUUGCUUGGGAGAAACAGAACGGUCUCUAAGUUUAUCAGAAUAUUGUACGAGAUUAGACGAGAUUACUGUUAGUGUAUGGUACAAUGAUGAUGACAGUUUCCUCGCUU